UUUAGUUAAGACAGAACCAAAGGUGGGUCAUUAAAUUUUCAGGUUAUGUUAUGUUUGUCGCUCGAACAAUAUAUUAGGUAUGUCGUCCCACUUGCAAGGCGGUAGGGUCGAUAUUUCCUUGAUACAAACGCAGGCCCGAAAUAAUUUGAUAAAUUUAUUGGAAAAAUGUCGAGGCAGCAAGGCUAUUGUGUGGGACAAUGCCUUAGCGGGACCUAUGGGUUCUAUUGCCCAAUAUAGUUUCCUUAGGGAAUAUUCUGUUAAAAAAAUGUUUCCGUUGAGAGCUACCGUUUUGCCCGAGUCAGACGUUGACUGUAUCAUAUUUAUUUCGCGGCCUAAGCUGCGUUUAAUGGAUUACAUAGCCUAUAAUGUACGGGAGGACAGCAAAACCAAAAGUGGUUCCAAAAGGCAAUAUUACUUGUUUUUUGUGCCCAAAAAGAGCUUGCUUUGUGAGGAACGUUUAAAGCACAAUGGCGUGUUUGGUAAUGUGAUAUCAAUCGAAGAAUUCAAGUGUCAACUAUUUCCAUUCGAUUCCGAUGUGGUGUCCAUGGAAAUAUUGGAUGCAUUUAAGGACUAUACUGUCAAUAAUGAUCCUACUUAUAUUUAUCAAGUAGCGCAAGCGAUUAUUUACCUGCAGGAAUUGUAUGGGCCCAUUUCGCGUGUAUGGGGAAAAGGUGUGGCCGCCAAACAAGUCUGGGACCUGGUGGCAAAGCUGCAAAAAGAAAAGAAUAACGGCAACGAGACAAAAAACAAUCAACCGUCAUGCAUCAACCAAAUUCUUUUGAUAGACAGAUCGGUCGACUUGAUCACUCCUCUGGCCACCCAGUUGACUUACGAAGGACUUAUUGAUGAAAUUUUUAAUAUCAAUAAUUGUUCUGCAUUUUUUCCCAUUGAUAAUUUCCUCAGUACUGAGGAAAGAAAUACCGAAUCACUUUCGGACGAUAAAAAGCAAAUAAUACUCGAUUCCGCGGACAAAUUGUUCGCUGACAUCAGAGACAAGAAUUUCAAUGCAGUUGGAACAUACCUGUCAAAACAAGCGAAAGCUAUUAGUGCCCAGCUGGAAAACACUCAGGAAAAAACCGUGCAAGAAAUGAAGCUUUACGUUCAAAAAUUGCCCCAGAUCUUGGAGAAGAAAAAACAACUCGCAAACCAUACCGCCAUUGCAGAAUGUAUUAAGGAACACACUGAUCAGUAUGAUUUCUAUGACACUUUGCAGACUGAACAGGAAUUCCUCAGUGGAAUAGAUGUGGACAAAUCCAAUUCGUAUAUCGAAGACUUGAUGGGUCAGAGUAAGCCGUUGAUUAAGGUGCUAAGGCUGAUGUGCCUUCAAUGCAUUUGCUCUUCCGGGCUUAAAGCAAAAGUGCUAGAAGCUUACAAGAGAGAAUUGGUGCAAGUGUACGGGAUAGAAAGUUUAUUAGCAGUUAGCAGAUUAGAAAAAGUCGGUUUAUUGAAGUUGCAGUCCAGUACUCGUCAGUACACUGUAUUAAGAAAGACUUUGAGGUUAAUAAUGGAUGACACUUCUGAAAUUAAUCCCACCGACAUCAGCUAUGUCCACAGUAUUUACGCUCCGAUUAGCGUGAGGCUGGCGGAACAAGUGACCAAAAAUGGCGGCUGGAAACAAUUGCACGACGUCUUGGGGCUAUUGCCGGGACCCACACUGGACGAGUCACCAUUAACCUCUCGGAAUUUGAUUCAAAGCAAUUCAGAUUCGCCAAAAGUGGUGUUGGUGUUUUUUAUCGGAGGAUGCACUUUUGCCGAGAUAUCAGCGUUGAGAUUUUUAUCCCAGCAGGAAGACUCGAACGUAGAAUUUGUCAUAGCGACUACAAAACUGAUAAACGGAAACAGUUUUUUGAAAUCCAUAAUCGAACAUUAACCUAACCAAUGCUUUCGAUAAGUUACUGUUAUUAUUUAAUAAACAAAAAUCUUACUUAGGUACCUAUAAAUAAAUUUAAAG